AUGUAUGGCCAUGGUAAUGUAAAACAAGACUAUGAAAAGGCAUAUCAGUGCUGUAUAAGCCCCUCUGCUCUUCAUAUCCCUUUCUGCCAAGCGCGCUUAGGGGACAUGUAUCGAAAUGGAUGGGGUGUGGCACGCGAUUUUCAAAAGGCAUUUGAAUAUUAUCAAAAUGCAGCCAGUCAAUCCAACUCGCCUUAUCCUUAUGCUCAACAUAUGCUUGGUGAAAUGUUUCUGCAUGGUGAAGGUGUACCAAACGAUUUAGCCGUAGCUAAAGAAUGGUUUCAAAUUGCUUCAACACAAGGUUAUGAGCCUUCACAAAUGAAACUUCAACAAAUUGAAUUACUAGAAAAUAAUAUGAUUACAUUACAGCAAAAGCAAAAGCAGCAAGAACAACCUCAAGAAAAGAGAUCAAGUCGAUGGUCUUUAAAUUUUUUUAAUAAAAAAUAA